UACAACGUGUUUUUAUCGCUGGCUGUCCAGACGGAAGGUGCUGAAACGCUUUGUCGCGUGUCUGGAAGAAGUGAAAACUUUCCUGGGCAGCAAAGGGCUCACCUUUCCUGAGCUGGAACAGCCAGAGUGGCUGGAAAAGCUACACUUCAUGGUAGACAUGACAGCGCACCUGAACACGCUGAACACAGCUCUUCAGGGGAAAGGACGUACAGCCCUGCACAUGUUGGAGGAUGUUUUGGCAUUCGAGCGCAAGUUGACAGUGCUUGCCAGAGAUUUACAGAAAGGCACUUUGUCUCACUUCCCCAAUUUGAGAGAGUUCAAACAAGGUCACGACAUGAUAAUUUCGGAGUAUUUACAUUCUGCAAUCAUCGCAAUGCAAACAUCGUUUGGGAAAUGCUUCUGUGAAUUCAGAGAGGAAAAAAACACAUUAUCCUUCCCGGUCACUCCCUUAAGCAUCGAUCCUUCCCUACUGAAUACGACUGCAUUGGCAGGUGUGAGUCAACCUGAUCUUGAGAUGGAACUGGCCGACAUAGCCGACAAAGACAUAUGGGUGUCCAAGUUUAGACGCUUGACAGCAGACCUUGAAGAUGUUGCCCGUCAGAAGGCCGUUCUUGCUCAGAAACACAAAUGGAGUGAUAUUGAAAACCUCACAGAUGACAGCUUGCGAUCCUGUGUAAAGAUGAAGGUGACAUCAUACAGCCCUGAUGUGCAGACGCUGUGCGCUGAGGUCCAGGAGCAGAAAUCCCAUUAACCAAGAUGACAGCUGGCUGACGUUAUUUUUGGUUUGCUGCUGGCGGAAAAUUUAAGUUCGGCGUUUUUCAUAAAUACAAGAAGGACUCAAAUAGACAUUGAAUAUUUUACUUAAAAGUAACUUUCAACCCAACGUCUUUUUUUCGGAGUUCAAAAUGUUUUUGUUGCAUGCAGAAAUGUAAUUUCGUUUUCUCUGCAGGAGUUCAUCAAUUUCAUAAAUGCAACACAUUAUAGUUUGUUUAUACAUAGCAUAAAGGCAAAAAAAAACGUUGUAUGCAGUGUUAUUUCAUUUUAAAUGUCAAACGGGUUUUGCGGCUCCCAGUGUUUUCUUUUCUGUGGGA